AUGGCGGCGGCUCCCGCUGAGGGCUCUGCUGAGGGUGGUGCCACGGAGGUCUGGGUAGGGCAGCGGGAGAGGCCGCGGCGGCAGCGGAACCUCUCUUCUCCGGCGGCACUGCACCCUCCCCGGGCUCGCCGCUCUCUUUGCAGCCUGCGCUUCCCUGCACCCCCGGCCGCUCGCCCUUCCGCCUUGCUGCCCGCGUUUCCAUCAGAAGAUUUGAGUUCCAACUUGCAGAAACCCCUGGACAGUGACUCUGACAGCGGACAGGGCAGCUGUGAAACAACCUCUCCUGGUCAUCUCAGCAAAGGGGCAGCGUCUCCUGAUGACAGAGAUUCAGAGGAAGAGAUUUUUGUACGGAAAAAGACAAAAAGCAAGAAGGUGCUUCAGGACAGUGAGAGUGAAGAUGGAGAGGAUGGUGGCUCUUUUGUGCAGAAUGGGACUCCAAGCGAAGACAAGGGAAAUGAGGAGGAAAAAGAAAACAUUACAGCCCAGAGGAACAAGAAACCCCAUCGGAUUCGCCAAGGCCUGUUAGACAGUGAUGACAGUGACACUGGUGACCGACUGCAGGCUGAAGGCCUUGAAUCAAGCAGGAGGUCUGGCUUGUCUGAGAAUGAGUUGGAAGAGGAGAGACCCCUAAAAUCUGGGAAAAAGUACAGAAAACAUAAACCACAUAAAGGGGAUUUUGAAGAAGAGACAGGAAAAAAUGCUGUAGGAAAAUCAAGAAGAAAAAAGGAGAAGCAGAGAAGAGCUGAGUCCAUUAAAAAGCUGAAAAAAGAGAAGCAGCCUAGCACAAAGGAGCUCUUUGAUAACGGCUUAGAGGAGGAAAACGAGGAUGAAGAGUCAAUAGAAUCAAUACGGGCAGCAGUGAAAAACAAAGUGAAAAAAUACAAGAACAAAGAACGGUUUCCUGAGGAUGAAAGCUACAAACACGUAUUUGAUGAUGAAGAUGAGGUACCUGUAGAAAAAGAGCCAAAAAAGAAGGAACGGAAAGCAGCAAGGUUGAGUAAAGAAGCCAUUAAGCAACUGCAUAGUGAGUCCCAACGGCUUAUUAGAGAAUCAUCGGUGUCUCUCCCAUAUCAUGUGCCUGAGGCCAAAAGUGUUCAUGACUUCUUCAAGCGUAGACCUCGACCAGUAUGUCAAGGAAAUGCCAUGGCAUUACUGAAGUCUGCUAAAUACGAGCUAUCCCUAAAUGAAGAGCCUGCAGACAGUAAGAACUUCAGCACAGAUUGCAAAGAUGGGCAGAUAGAAAGUGAUCAAUCAGCAGCUAAUGAACCAGAAACAAUUCUUGGCAAAGAUGUUGGUGUUACUGUCACCAAGCCUCUUGUUGAUGUAGGGAAGAACUUGACAGAAGACUGUGCUGAAAAACCCCAGCAGGACAGUGACAAUUGUCACACAGUUGGGGCUGCAACAACUGAUAAUACAGAAGAACAGCACUCUGACUUUGUAAGCACUGAUCCUCAUGAACAAAAAGAGAAUGAAGUACCUUUAGCAGCUGAUGGAGCUGCCCUUGAGCAAAGAGGUGAAACAGCACCAGACGUACAAUGUGAAAAAAGCAAUAAACAGGAGGAGCCUGGAGUGGUGGCACAGCCUGAAAAAGUAAGGAAGUCCAAGUUGGAUAAACUUCGUGAGCUGGGAAUAGACCUGUCCAUCAAGCCAAGAAUCAACUCUGGCAAUGAAUCCUUUAUAAACCUGGAUGAAUCUGAUUCAAGUAAAGAUUUGGAAGCCUUGAAAGCACGUUUCUUGAAGCACACUCUUCAGACAUCAAAAUCCAAAGUUGAACGGACCAUAAACAUGAGCAUUAUCCGUAAGGAGAUUACAUCUGAAGGAAAGGAGGAGCUCAAGGCAGAUGUGGUCCCAGCAGUGUUAGCAGCAGAGAGCCUGGAUGAAACAGUCCACACCAAGCCAGGUGAAAAGCUCCAAGCACUGAAGGCUAAACUCCAGGAGGCCAUGAAACUCCGCAGGACUGAGGAACGCCAGAAGCGGCAGGCGUUGUUUAAACUGGAUAAUGAGGAGAUGUUGGAGGAAGAAGAGGAGGAGGAGGAAGAGAUGACAGAUGAGUCUGAAGAGGAAGAAGGCGAUCAUGAGAAUGUGGAAUUUCUGCUUGGUGAAGCGGAGGAGGAUAUUGAAGAUACAGAAGAGAAACAUGUUGAAGACUGUGAUAAAGAAACUGACAAAGAAUCAAUCGAUGGUGAAAAGCUGGAGAAAUCUGUGCACGGCGAUUCUGUUUUCAAACCACCUUCAACAGAGUCUACAUUGAUGCUUUUUAAGGACAGCUCCUCAAAAAUGGGGUAUUCUCUUCCUGAUGAGAAACUUGAAAUGGAAGAAGCUGCAGACAAAGGACCUACCAAGUUAGAGGAUGAUGAUUCCUUUUCCCUACCAACACCAGCAAAAGAGAAUAGCCAUAACAGCAGCUUUGAGUUUAUUGGCUCCAUGAUUCCAUCGUAUCAGCCCUGUAACAAACAGGCAUCACGUGGAGGGAGCUUCUUAUCUGCAGCAGGAGGUUUCAGGUCACCUUCCCCAGGUUUUUUCAAAACGAGCUUUAUCAGCUCUGCUUCCAAGAGCUCAGGAAAGACGUCUGAGCCUUCUCUUCCCAUAGAAGAUUCCCAGGAUCUGUAUAAUGCCUCUCCUGAGCCAAAGAGUUUAUUUCCAGGGGCAGGGGAGUCACAGUUCCAGUUUUCUUUGGAAGAUGACACUCAGAGCCAGCUGCUUGAUGCAGAUGGGUUUUUGAAUGUUGGACAACAUAGGAAUAAAUACCAGUCUUCCAAGCAUCAGCUGCCUCUGGCUAGUAUGGAUGAGAAUGCGAUGGAUGCCAAUAUGGAUGAAUUACUGGAUUUGUGUUCUGGAAAGUUUAGCAGUCAGGCUGAACACGUGCCAAAUACCAGCAGCAACAAAAAGCAGAACAUGGAAGAAUUGCUCAAUCUUUGUUCAGGAAAAUUCGUGUCUCAGACAGGUUCCCCAACAUGGGCAUCAUCAGUAUCUUCCAAGGCAGAAAAAGACAGUGACAUAGAAGAUCCAAUGGCAGAAGCUCUAGCACUUUGUUCAGGCUCGUUUCCCACAGACAGGGAAGAGCAAGAUGAAGAAGAGCAAGAAGAACUCGGUGGCUUUCAGCUUUUAACAGAUGACGAGGCGUUUGAAAGUGAAGAGGAUGAAAAAAGUGGAGACAGUGAUGGUGAAGCAGCAGAAACGAGUGAUGAAGAAGAGCAAUUGCUGAGACAUAGAAACAGCUUGAAGAAAAAACUAAGACUGCAGGAAUUCAUGGAAGAUGAGGCAGAGCUGUCGGGGAGUGAUGUGGGAAGUGAGGAUGAAUAUGAUGGUGAAGACCUCAAUGAAUACGAAGAAGAGGUUAUUGAUGAGGAACUCCCUAAUGAAGAGGAAUUAGAAAACCAAGUACAGAAAUUACACAUGAAGGCAGUGCUAGAUGAUGACAAGCGUCAGUUACGCCUGUACCAGGAAAGAUACCUCAUUGAUGGUGACCUGCAUAGUGAUGGCCCUGGCAGGAUAAGGAGAUUCAGAUGGAAAAACAUAGAUUAUGCUUCACAGAUUGACUUGUUCCAGAGAGACUCAGAUAAUGAUGAGGAAAAUGAACAACUUGAUGACACAGAAGUGAAAUGGAGGAAAGAGCGAUUUGAACGAGAACAGUGGCUUCGUGAGCAGAAAGAAAAAAAUAACGAGCAGGAGGAAGAGGAAGAAAUAGGUGAAGACAGCCAAUUCAUGAAGCUAGCCAAAAAAGUAACUUCUAAGUCCCUACAGAAGAAAGCAAGCCCAGCAGUAGUGGCACAAGACACAACACUAUUACCCAGGAACCCCUUUGAAGCAUUCAGACCAGCCAGCGACGUACAGAUAAAAAGCGGGUCUCUCUUGAACAGACCUAAAGCUGUCCUUGAGAAACUAGCAGCAAUGUCAGAACUUAAUCCAAAUGCACCUCGAAAUUCAAGGAAUUUUGUCUUUCAUACGCUUUCCCCAGAGAAGAGUGAAGAGGCAAAGGAGAAAUCCAAACUUCAGGUGAAGAAAAGAGCUCCUUCUGCAGUAAUAACACCUCUGGCCAAACGGUCUAGGGUGGACAGCACAGAGGAAACAAGUCAAAGCCGAAGCAUAUUCCAGUACUUGGAGAGCUGAGUAUGUCUGCUUAGGGCCAGAGGUUGUAUCUGGUCUCUUUGCCAGCUGUGGUUUGUUUUGCAGAUCUGCCAGCAGCCAUCAGGAAGGUAAACAAGUUGCUGUAUGCUCUUGAGCUGUCACUUAGUUCACAAGUUCCAGUUAUUUCCAGGGAAUGGUCUUGUUUAUUCCCUUUUUAAUCCGUCCUCUGUGGCAAAUGAGAGCACAAAAUCCGUGGCUGGCCUGGAGUGAAAUGCUAACUUGGUCUUUCCCAAGCAUUAAGGAGACUUUUACACUACUUUAUACUGUCCUCACAAUCUCACACGUGUCAGUGGUAUAAGUUCCAUCUGAAAUUACCAUUUGUAUGGCAGGUAUGAUGCAGAAAUGCUCCUGUUUGCUUAAAGCACAGAUGAAGGAGGUAUUUCUGCAAUUUGGGGUAAGAAAAAGCAGUGUUAACUGUGGCAGCAUGUAUGUUGUUUACACUUGCAGUAUGAAGCUGCCUAUGGCUUCCUCCAGUGUCUUAUUUUCUCUAAUGCUAAGCAUUUAUUAGCUUGAUGUUUUAAGAAGCACUAAUUUAUAUUUGAAAUGUAUACUUUUAAAAAAGGUCCCACUCUUUUAUGAGGCAGUUUAAUAAUGAGUUCUUUCCAAGUUUUUAUUCCUGUUUAUAUUCAUACACAUGUUUGUAUGUGUGGGGAGAGGGAAGAAUGUGAAUAAUGUGGGAGAGGAAAAGGAGGUAUGUUGGGGGGGGGUAUUUUCUUGGGGGGGAUCUGUUUGGUUUGUUUUGCCCAACUGAAGGCUCUUAAAUCAUCCAUUCCUGCUGCACUCCAAGAGAAAUCAUCCAUUUCUGAACAGCUACAGCACGGCCCUCUCUUGAAUGAGGAAAUUAGAUAAGGACCCAUCCACAGCUAUUCUAAAGAAGAAAGAAACCUGAGACAGAAUAUAAAGCAUUUCUGACCUUUCUGAUUACAUACUGAAUGUGUUAAAGUAGGGACCAGAUUAAUAGUAAUAGUCCUCUAUGUCAGACUAAACAUCUUUAGGACUUGAUGUCACAAACUGAGGUUGGUGACUGUUGCAUAAGUAACUUGAACUGUAAAUUUUGUACCAUCAUACACCUGGUGUGCUCCAUGUAAAAUAUCUUACUGUAUAUUAUGUUUAUAAAGAAUUAUGGUACAAACUGGAGUGCAACUUUACAAUAAAACCUGGUUUUAAUUUUGA